GUACUCCCCCUACAGUCCUCUCUGGCUGGGGCUUGCAAUCUCUCCCUCAGCAGGAUGUUGCAUUGCCCCUUCACACAUAUGGCUCCUCUCCUCUGUUUCCCAGGCUCCUUUCCUACACAUCUUUCCCUGUCUUCUCUGCUUGCUUCAGACACCUGGAACAGGUGCAGCUCACAGCUCUGGGACAGCAGGGCUCUUGAUGCUGUUGUUAUCCUUAGAUCUCUCUUCCUCCCUGUUCCUGCAGAGGUUGAUUCGGGUCACUGUAGAACAUUACGGAUGCCUGGACUGUCUGGUAAACAACGCUGGAGAUGGUUUUUUCGAAUCAACAGAUGAAUUCACUGCCCAAGAGUUCAAAAACAUCAUGGACAUCAAUACUGUGAGCGCUUUAUUAGCAUCCAAGUAUGCACUGCCCUACCUACGGCAAACAAAAGGAAACAUCAACAUGAGCAGCCUUCACGUUACUAUUGGGUUCAAGAAUGCUCUGUCACCUGUUGCAUCCCAGGGUGCUACGAUUGCAAUGACCAAAGCCUUGGCCAUCGAUGAGAGCAAAUACGGAGUACGAGUCAACUGCAUCUCACCAGGUAAUAUCUCAUUUCCUUUGUGGGAAAGGGAAGCAAAUCGUUUUAAGAAUCCAAAGGCUGUAAUCCAGGAAGGCGAAAGUUAUCAGCUGAUGGGACACUUUGGGACCACAGAAGAGGUGGUGUUGGCUAUUCUGUUCCUUGCCGCUGAUGCAACUUUCUGCACUGGUCAGAGCCUUCUGAUUACUGGUGGAGCUGAAAUUGGCUUUGGAAUAAAGUAUCCGAUGGGUCCUGACACUUCCCCAAGUGACCUUCAGAAUAUGAAGGAUCCCUCCUCUUGGAAGCAAUAGAAGCACAAAGGGGGGGUGGGGAUAAGAGCUAAAAGUACAACCAUCAUUGAUUCAAAGUCAUUAUUCAAACUUCAUUAAAUGCUUCCUAUCUAUGUUUUUCUGCUGGAUUCCCCUUGACCAACAACUGGGCCUGUUUUUAUUCCAAAUCCCAUCAUCCAAUAAAGACAAGGCUCAGAGAAAAGAGUCAUCAUAAA